AACCUGUCAAGCUCAGUUCCUGUAGCUGCCCGUUGAGUUUCUGCACGACCUUUGAUAUUUAUGGAUAUUUGCCCGUUCAUUUAGAACAAUAAGAGACUAAUCGUGUGUUAGGUAAAUGUUUCGUGUUUGUCCUAUUAUUAUAAAGUGGUGAGAGGGAAAAGAUUGUUGUUACUUUUUAUACUCGAGUUGUUAUUCUUCCCUUUUUAUGUAGUUCUUCUGUUAGUGCAUGUUGAUCUAUAGUAUCUACUGAGUUUUUUUAACAGAUCUUGAUAAAGUGAUAGUUUGCAAAUCAGCCUGGAGCAAUUUAAACAUUGGUUAAGAUGUUGGACUACUGAUCGGAAGGUUGAGUUCGAAUCCCAGGUCCAGCAAGCUGCUAUUGCUGGGCCCCUGAGCAAGGCCCUUAACACUCAGUUGUAUAAAAUGAGAUCAAAAUUGGGCUAAUUGGCCGCUCCUGGGCCAUGGUGUUCUUAAGUGGAGGAUACAGGGUUAAAAUCUAUGACAAUCAGCCAGGACAAGCAACAAAGGCCAUUGCAGAAAUCAGGAAGCAAGUCGAGGAGCUUCAGGAUGCUCAAAUGCUCAGAGGAAAGCUCAGUGCUUCAGAGCAGUUGAGUCUGCUGAGCAGUCAUGAUGACCUUUCACAGGCGCUAGAGGGAGCAUUUUUUGUUCAGGAGUGUGUUUUUGAGGACCUACAGGCCAAGCAGACUGUUUUCCAGGCUGUGGAAAAUCACGUGGGUGAGGACACAAUCCUCAGCAGCUCCACCUCGUGUCUGAUGCCCAGCAACGUUUUCUCUCUAGUCCAGAACCCAAAGCGCUGUAUUAUAUCCCACCCGGUGAACCCACCUUACUAUGUUCGUCUGGUGGAACUGGUUCCUCACCCUGAGACCCUGCCUACAGUUAUGGACAUGGCUUUUGAAUUGAUGACAGAGGUGGGGCAGGCACCUGUUCGCCUCAGGAAGGAGAUUGAUGGCUUUGCACUAAAUCGAGUCCAGUAUGCCAUUAUAGCAGAGUGCUGGAGAUUGGUUGAAGAUAAUGUGAUCUCAGUAAAGGAUAUUGAUCUGGUGAUGUCAGAGGGGCUGGGCAUGCGCUACGCUUUCAUUGGCCCAAUUGAAACUAUGCAUCUCAAUGCACCAAAUGGCCUUGAAGACUACCUUGGACGCUAUCGGGAGGGCAUUAGAAGAGUUCUGUCAAGUUUUGGACCUAUUCCUGAGUUUGAUGGAGAAGCAGCAGCUAGAAUCAAUAAAGAGAUCUGUGAACUUAUCCCCAGUGACCAGGAGCAUCUCUCUGCCAGAAGAGAGAGAAGGGAUCAGUUGCUCAUGGGGCUGGCUAAGCUUAAGAAAUGAAUAACUACUGCCACAUUAGUCAAAGUUUCAACUUAAGAUACAAAAAAAGCCUUUAACUGAGCUUUAACUUUUAAACUUUUAAAGUUUAACUGAGCCAGGAAUACUGUUUUAACAUGAGGAUGUCUGUGUUUUUGUACAUUUGAUUGUGAAUUGUGAAACAGAACCUGUGACUAUUACUGUAUAAGACUUAAUAUGACUUUUUUUAAGCUUUGCUUAAAAAGCAAGCCUGACCCUUCUCCCUAUUAAAAUGAAAACAAACUGGAA